UAGAGCGUUCCAUAUCCACGUUUAAACCGCAUCCAAACUGCAUUGGCACCCCGGAUCAUUAUCUUACCACUGGGACCAAUAUCACGGACGAUACAUAUCGGCGUCAAUGGCUUCUCCAUCUGAAUACUCGUUUCGACCGUUGGCACCAUCCAAUGUACGAAGGAAAGGAAGUCUAGCGUUAGUGAUUCAUUGUUCAAAUUGCGAAUUUCACAGGACCGAAUAUUCUAUCUGGGUUCUAUUAGCAACCACCUGACCCUACGUAUCCGGACGAUGGUGCACUGUGUACGACAUGGUCGAUGCCUCCCCUCGCUUAUCAUCGAUAAAAAGUCGUGGCAACACCCUCAGCUAGUUACUUCCUGUGUCACUCCGAGUCUAAUUGAGCCAUCACCUCAGCAGGUUGAUAUCUCGCAUGACCCUGGCCUGAUUUUUAAUUCUUGAUUUUACGUCGGACACAAAUAACAUGCGGUUAUUGAACACCAAGACCAGAAAGCUCGAAGAGUUUUUUGGUCAGAUCCCACAGUAUGCAAUACUCUCGCAUCGAUGGCGUGAUGGCGAGGUACAGUUCUCUGAUAUCGACCAGCCUCACGCCCGUAAUAUGCCUGGCUAUUCCAAGAUUGAAGGCUCUU